AGAUGGGGUAUAAGCAAACAAACAGUGCAACUAACACCGACAGAGCAUUCUCACUGCUGGCAGUUACUCGUGUCAGAAGCGACGAUUCCAUGUCUUGCGGGUUUGACGCCAACCGAGUGAGGAAAGAUUGACAGCCAGUCUAGCUAGCGAGCUAUUAUUAGCUACACGAUAGUGCUAGUGCCAACGUCUCGACAGUUAUUUGGUGUAGGUCGGAACGUUAGCUUGGCUAGCUAACUAAAAAUUUAGGGCUAUCUAAAUAUGCGUAGCUAUGUAUACAUGAUGAACUUGCGUGGGUGUAACGUUAGCAAAAUUAAGUGUUCACGAUUUCUGAUACAUUUAUAAUGAGUCUUCACUUGGACAAACAUCUCGACGCCCCUGGAGAUCCGAUCAUUGAAUCGAACCUGGCUGGACCUGUCAAGUAGCCUACCCGACUUGCCACUAAUACUUGACAAGCCCCUCACUAACCUCGUACUGGAAAGCUAACUAGCUAGCUGAGCUAGCUAGCAGUCUAGAUUAAUCGGCCAAGGGCUCAUUUCUACAUGGCCUAUGUCCCUGCGAUGGACUUGGAGCCCCCCACGCACCCCCCCGUGCACCAGAACGGGAACGCCCUCCGAGAGCGGCGGGGUUCCAGGCUGGCUGACGCCGUGCUGAGGGUCCAACUCUACCACAGCAGUCAGGGAGGGGCCGACUGCCCCCCCCUCUGCUUCCCACCUGGGAACCACGUAGCCGAGCAGAUCUGCAUCGAGGCUGCCAAGGAGUGCAAUGUGUCCCCACUGCACUGCACUCUGUUUGGCCUCUUCAGGGAGAGAGACAGCAUCUGGUUCCCACCCAAUCAUGUCUUCCAGCUCGAUGAAUCCUCCAGCGAGGAAGUGGUGUUUAGAAUAAGGUACUAUUUCCCCGGGUGGUAUAGCAGUGGGGCUUCGAGAGCCUAUCGGUAUGGAGUCACCAAAGGCUCUGAGAGUCCGGUCCUCGAUGACUUCAUCAUGGCGUACCUCUUUGCUCAGUGGAGGAGUGACUUUGUCAACGGCUGGGUGAAGAUCUCCAACUCCCACGAGAGCCAGGAGGAGAGCCUGGGCAUGGCCGUGCUGGACAUGAUGCAGCUGGCCAAGGAGAAGCACAUGUCUCCGCUGGACAUCUACAACGCCACGAGCUACAAGUCCUUUCUGCCCAAGGACAUGCGGGCCCACAUCCAGGACUGCAACUUCCUGACGCGCAAGCGAAUCCGCUACCGCUUCAAGAAGUUCAUCCAGCAGUUCAGCCAGUGCCGGGCCACGGCGCGCGACCUGAAGCUCAAGUACCUCAUCAGCAUGGAGUCCCUGGAGAGGGCCUUCUACACGGAGCGCUUCCAGGUCAGGGAGCCCUCGGCCGGACAGGUCACCAUCACCGUGGCGGCGGACCACGGCAUCCAGUGGAGCCGGGACAAGCACAAGAACUCUGAACAGGACUUGCAGACCUACUGUGACUUCCCGGACGUUACUGACAUCAGCAUCAAACAGGCUAACAAGGAGGGCUCCAUGGAGAGUCGAGUCGUCUCCAUCAACAAGCAGGACGGGAAGACUCUGGAGCUCGAGUUCCCCUGCCUGGCCCAGGCUCUGUCCUUCGUGUCGCUCAUCGACGGCUACUACCGCCUCACGACAGACGCACAUCACUACCUCUGUAAAGAAGUGGCCUCCCCCAAGCUCGUCGAGGCCAUCAGCUGUCACUGUCACGGACCCAUCUCAAUCGAGUUCGCCAUCCAUAAGCUGCAGAAGUCUGGAAAUAAGUAUGGCCUGUACCUGCUCAGGUGCAGCCCCAAGGACUUCAACAAGUACUUUCUGACCUUCGCCGUGAGGGUGUACGACGUCGUGGAUUACAAGCACUGUCAGAUCACCAGGUCGCCUUGCGGGGAGGUGAACCUGAGCGGCACCAAGAGGAACUUCAGCAGCCUGCAGGAGCUGCUGACCUGCUACCAGAAGGAGACCGUGCGCUCCGACGGCAUCGCCUUCCAGUUCAGCAAGCGCUGCCCGCCCAAAUCCAAAGAAUUGUCCAGUUUACUUGUAUGCAGGAGCAACAAGGGCUCUGAAGUGUCUCUCUCUCCCUUGCUGUCGCGACACCACAUUAGCCAAAUGGUGUUCCACAAGAUCAAGAAAGAGGACCUGGAGUUUAAUGACAGUUUAGGUCAAGGGACGUUUACAAAGAUCAUCAAAGGAGUCCGUAAGGAGCUUGGGGACUACGGGGAGAUGCAUCAAACGGAGGUCAUCAUGAAAGUUCUAGAACAAGCGCAGAGGAGCUACUCAGAGUCUUUCUUCGAAGCUGCCAGCAUGAUGAGCCAGCUGUCACACAAACACCUGGUUCUAAACUAUGGAAUGUGUGUGUGCGGGGAGGAGAAUAUCAUGGUGCAGGAGUUUGUGAAGUUUGGCUCUAUGGACAUGUACCUGAAGAAGAACAAGAACUCUGUCAAUAUCCGGUGGAAACUUGAAGUGGCCAAACAGCUGGCGUGGGCCAUGAACUUCCUGGAGGAGAAGAACAUCGCCCAUGGCAACGUCUGCCUUAAGAACGUCCUCCUUAUCCGGGAGGAGGACCAGAAAACGGGGAAUCCCCCUUUCAUCAAACUCAGUGACCCAGGCAUCAGCAUCACCGUCCUGCCUAAAGAGAUCCUGACGGAGAGGAUCCCCUGGGUGGCGCCAGAGUGCAUCGAGGACCCCGGCUGCCUGAGCCUGGCGGCCGACAAGUGGAGCUACGGGACGACGCUGUGGGAGAUCUGCAGCGGGGGAGAGAAGCCCCUGGGCACCCUGGACAACUCCAAGAAGAAGCUGUUUUACGGGGACCACCACCAGCUACCCGCUCCGAAGUGGACGGAGCUCGCCAACCUGAUCACCAGCUGCAUGGACUACGAGCCCUCCUUCAGACCCACCUUCAGAGCCGUCAUCCGUGACCUCAACAGCCUGUUUACGCCGGACUAUGAGCUGAUCGUGGAGAGUGACAUCCUGCCCAACAGAACCGGAGCGUCCUCCUUGCUGUCCGGGGCCUUUGAGAACGGAGAGCCGGCCCAGUUUGAGGAGAGACAUCUCAUCUUCCUCCAGCAGCUGGGAAAGGGCAACUUUGGCAGUGUGGAGAUGUGCCGAUACGACCCGCUGCAGGACAACACGGGGGACGUGGUGGCCGUGAAGAAGCUCCAGCACAGCUCCGCCGAGCACAUGAGGGACUUUGAGCGGGAGAUCGAGAUCCUCAAGUCCCUCCAGCACGAGAACAUCGUCAAGUAUAAAGGCGUGUGCUACAGCGCAGGCCGGAGGAACCUGCGACUCAUCAUGGAGUACCUGCCCUUCGGAAGCCUCCGCGAUUACCUCAUCAAGAACAAGGAGAGGAUCGACCAAAAGAAACUAGUGCACUACACCUCCCAGAUCUGCAAGGGCAUGGAGUAUCUUGCCAACAAGAGAUACAUCCACAGAGAUCUGGCUACACGGAACAUCUUGGUGGAGAGUGAACUGAGGGUGAAGAUUGGAGACUUUGGCCUCACCAAAGUCUUGCCACAAGAUAAGGAGUAUUACAUGGUCAAGGAACCUGGAGAGAGCCCCAUAUUCUGGUACGCCCCAGAGUCCCUGACGGAGAGCAAGUUCUCCGUGGCGUCAGACGUCUGGAGCUUCGGAGUCGUCCUGUAUGAACUGUUCACCCACAGCGACAAGAACCUCAGCCCACCUGCGAUGUUCAUGGGCAUGAUGGGGAAUGACAAGCAGGGACAGCUGAUAGUCUACCAUCUCAUAGAGCUCCUCAAGUCAGGCAGCCGGCUGCCUCAGCCUCUUCAGUGUCCACCAGAGAUCCAUGAGAUGAUGCAGGAAUGCUGGGAUAACGACCCGUGUUCACGGCCGUCCUUCAAGGAGUUGGCCCUGCGUGUCGACCUGUUCUGGGACAGCAAGGAGAUUUAGAGAAACGCCCCAAGUGCCCCCCCUACCGCUUUUCACAAAGAGGCUUCUGCAUUCACUCGGCUGCCAGCGGGUGUCCUGUUGGAGACAAAGGGAAAACACUGCCGUUGUGUGCCAUUGUGUGGCAAGAGAUUCAACUGAGAAAUCGAAUCUUCUAUCUAGAGACCUGUAUCAAGCUAGGUCUCAUUUCUUUACAGUUGUGGUCUCAGCUGGAGCUGAAAUUUGCCAAAUCAGAGCAAAGUUUACCGUAAUAUUUAGGAUGCCGUGGAAUAAUAUUGAACCCUUUUGAACGUAAUGUUAGUGAUUUCCUAGUAAUGUGAGAAGAAUCUGAUGCAAUCUCUUAUAUUUCAAAUCAAGUUUGAAAUGUUUUAUUCUGUAUUUUAAAGCAUUAUGGCACUUUUUGCUCUGGCAUGACAAAUUCUGCUCUAGAAAAUUCUGGCCCUGUUUGUGUGUGUUUGUGUGUGUUUAGGUGUGUGUGUUUGGGUAUCUGAGUGUGUGUGUGUUUAGUUUGUGUUGUCCCUCUUGUUGACUGAGCUAGCAGGGCUAGCUUUCACCAACUUUUUCUCCCCCUAUCUGAAGAAUGAAAGAAAGAUGGACUGAUUAAGCUGAAAGAUGGAUUUAGGUUUUACGUGUUUUUUUGGUAUGUAAAUACAUAUUUGUGUACAUAUUAAGAAGAUUUUAUAAUUUUAUAAAAUAAACAUUUAAGUCUAUAUUUGAA